CAACAAAACACCACAAACUGCAUUUCCUGUGACUGUGCGCCACUCCAACAACAACCAACAACCAAAACAACCAACAACCGAACACACAACAACAAUGCUGGAGCAAGUGGGAGUUGGAGGCCAUGAAGAUGGCGGUGGUCCUGCGAGCCGUGACAACUCCUUCUACCAUCAGCUCCACCUCCACCACCACCACCAGCAGCAGCAACAGCAACAGCAACAGCAGACGCUGUCAGAGGCGUCUCUGCGAAUGGUGCUCGAAGAAACGGUGCAUAUUGAUGAGGCUGCAGGGGACACGGUGCGCAUCCUCUCGUUCUGUGAUGUGGGCUGCAUUGUUGCGGUCACCUCCCGCAGUGACGACACGACCGAUCUCUUCUAUUGGCGAGGAGACGAAUACCUGCGUCGCCUGAUCUCAGUCAACCACUGGCGGGUGACGUCGGCAUCAAUGAACACGCGCCAGACGCUGCUUGCAUUCGGGCUCGCCGAUGAGUUGCGACAAGACCAUUUCUUCAAACUCAUCAGCCUGGGCACCCACAUGGAGGAAUUCGAUGUGGAUGAGUGCAAGUGGACCACGUCCCAACACGCAUACGUGAACCUCCACUUUAUGGAAGCCUCGCACGGCUGCGACUCGCUUGUCGUCACCCACCUCACCAACUCGCUGUGCGCCAACACAGACCCGACCAGGUCCAGCUCAAACGCCAGCGACAGCUCCUCCAACCUGUGGGUGUACAACAUCUUCUCCGACCUGGACGAGCUUGGGGAGCCCAUCAUCGACUUUGAAAAACUCGCGUCCCCAUGGGAAUACGACCGCAACGUCUUGUGGUACCAGUUUGAUCGGCCAACCAACAUGUUCUACUGCAUCGAGUGCUGCGACCCGGAGACGCACCUCCUUCGCAGUGGCGGUAGCAGUGGCGUUGGUGACGACGACGACGAUGAAGGCGGCGGUGACGGUCGAAAUGGAGAUGACGAGAUGUUCCCAACGAACGACGGCACGCUGCCUGCUGGGGAAUCACCGGAGGUGGAGUUUCACUUCUCCGCCGUCCAUUGCACAUAUGGGCAGCUGCAGCGCACCGUCUCCCUACGCCUGCCGGACUGCAUCUCUUCGCAUCUGCAGGUGGCCAUUAGCGGGCCAUUCAGCCACACCCCGGCGUGCGACGCGUCGCUGUUCGAGCACGCAGCAAUCCAGGUGGUGGACCUGGGUCACGGUGCACUGUGCCUUGCAGUGCAGGACCACCACCGCUACGCCGUCUACUGCGCACAUUGGCAGUGCGUCCUCUCCUCGGGCUUUGACGUCGAUCCGGCAUCCCAGCAGCUCUCACGCAUGAUCUUCCUCGGCUUGAACGACUAUGUGCUUGCCGUGUUGCCUGGCUGUGCGGUGCACUACUGGAACUGUGGCAGCAAGCACGAGCCGCUCGAGCCGUUUGCGCUCCCCUGUGAUCCUCUCCUCGACGCCCAACUCCACAACGCAUACUCCAUCCGCAUGAAGAAGUCAACCACGCAAGCGCUGAUUGUUACCAGUGACCUCGAGUUUCCCAUUCCCGUCGCGCUGAGUCGAAAAGCCAUCUGCUCCCUCCUCCUCAAGGCGCUCAUGUGGCAUCUUCGUGACGAGCCGAAGGACGCUGCGCUGGAGACACAGAAGAAGCAGUACUUGUAUGCACUGCAGGUGCGCACAAAUCACAUUGUGAACGCGUGCGAGGCGCUUGAGAAGCAGUGCAGCCCCACAUGCCACCCGGCCAUCUUCAACCUCUUGGAGAAGACGCUGUUUGUGCUCAAGCAGCUGCAGUUUCCUGUGCCCGAACGCCUGCACGCGACGCUCGCCCGCCUCGGCUUUGAUGUCCUUCCCCGUCCGCUCUUUGUACAGUACCUCGACACUGGCAUCUUUCAGAUUGACAAGGUGCCGUUGAAUGUGCAUGCGAGUUUGUGGAAGCGUUUCUUGAAGCAGAUCACAGGUACGGUGUCACUUUACCACAACAAGUAA